CCGUACCCUAUUAGCUUAAAUUUGAGACAAAUAAAAAACAUAUUGAACAAUGAUGAAUACAUGGAUAUACAUUGCUUUAAUAUGGCUGUGCGGAUACUAGCGCGCCACGAAGUCCAGCUUCUCAGAGACAUUCCAUCUCACUAUAUGGAUCUGAACUUUUGUGUAAGUUACUAUAAUCAUGUAUUACAUUUUUUCUCAUUGCACUAAUAUUUUCUCAUUCUUAUUUUAGUCGAUGUUCCACUAUGCACGAGACUCAAGUCAUCGUGAAAAUGUGGAAAUUGCUACAUUGAAACGGUUGUUUCAUAGUUGGCCUGACAGUAAUGAUUAUCAUAUCUCACAAUGUAAUACGAUUUUAUUGCCUUGGUAUAUGUUUGGGCUAUUUCUAUUGUUUGUGUUGGAUCAAAACAAAAAAGUUGUCUCAAUUUUUGAUCCGAUACCAAUACCUACUUUGAGGAAUAAUGUAAUUAAAAUUGUGGUCGACAACCUAAACCUUGCGCUUGAAGUUGCAAACCCUGCAUUCAAGGAUGAUAUCUCUAAAUGGGAAUGCAUAGUUCUUGUUGCUCCAACAAAUUCACAUUGUGCCCUGUCCGGUUAUUUGGUUUUUAAUUACAUGCACUCAUUGUGCGAUGGAAAACUAUAUUUCCCCAUACCUAACGAUGGUUUUCAGCUGAGGAAGCAAUUUUUGGUGCAUCUUUUAAAGUAUGAAGAGAACGAAGCUCAAAACAAUAUCCCAUACAUUGAACGAAGCAUCAUUGAUCGCAUCUAUAGAUGGACCUUCAUUGCUUCAAAAAGUGGACCUUCAAGACAUGCUUAGUUGCGGUUUUUAAAAUAUAUUUUUGUAAUAGUUAUAAUACAAUUAUUAUGUG